AUGUUAUUACAUGAUUCAUAUUUUCAUUCAUCUAAUAAAUCAAUAAAUACAACACAUUAUGGUACAGUAAUUGUCGCAUAUUCACCUUUAUUUCAUUCAACAUUUACAUUAAUUAUUAGUAUAUUUGGUGUUAUAUUUAAUUUCAUAUGUUGUAUUAAACUUUGGUUUAUUCUUUAUCAAUAUAAACAAAGAAAAUUAAAUAAUACACACGAACAAGAAUUUAUACAUGUAUUAGCACAUAAUAAAUAUCGUUUUCUUAUUGCAUUAACAAGUAAUGAUUGUCUUUUAUGUUUAUCAUCAAUAAUAAGUUGUUUGGAUGAAAAAUAUUUUUUUCAAGCGCUUCUAGCUCGUCAUCAUCUAUGUGCUGCUCAUAUUUUACUAUGGAAAUUUACACUUCAUUUUAUACCAUUAUUAACUAUUGGUGUAUUAUGUCGUUAUCAUUAUAUAUUAAAUAAAGCAUUUCAAGUUAGAUUAUCAAAUUUAUCAACAUUAAAUCAAUUAUUAUGUACCGAUUUAAAUAUUUUAAUAGCAUUUGUACUUGCAUUAGCAUGGUCUGUUGAUGGUUUAUGGUUAUGGGGUGUCGCAAAUAUAAAAGAUUUCAUUAAACCACCACUUCAAUCAAGUGUUGAGCAUACUUAUUCAAAUGGAACGAUGGAAAAUUUAGGAACUUCUUCUAUUAAUAACAGUGUUAUAAACACAACUAUAUUACAUCUAAAUCUUACACGAAUAGAAAAUAAUGAUGGUCUAUUUUUAUCCGAACAAACAAGAAUAUGUUAUUUACAAACUAAUCAUAAUUUCGAAUUCUCUCUUCGACUUAUACAUUUAAUAGAAGCAGAUUUUCUUCUUCUUUUUGCAUUUCAUUUACUAGGUUUUGUUCUUGAGAUAUGUCUACAGAUUCGUUUAUGUUGUUGUAUAAUUAUUAAAAAGGUUACAUUAGCAUUUAAUCAUGAACGUCAAUUAUGUAUUUAUAUACUUUAUAUAUUUAUUAUAAUAACAUUAACAUCUUUACCAUUCUAUUUAUAUCGUACACUUGAAAUUAUCUUUGAUGCACAAUUAGCAUCAGUAAAUAAUGAUCUAGUCAAUAGUCGUACAUUUGCUCAAAUACUUUUAAUUGGUACAUGUUUUAAACCCGUCUUACUUUUUAUAUUAUUUUUUCCAUCAUCAAUCUUAUUUUAUUUAAAAUGUUAUUUGAAAUGUUAUUCACCAGCAAAUAUUGGACUUAGUGAACAAGACGAAGAUCUUUUACCUUCAUCUACUGAUCCAAAUCAAGAACAACAACGACUACCGAAUUCACGUUCACAACAUCAUCGAUUUUCAUUAUUUACACAUUCAUCACAAGAUCUAAGAUUUUCUCCAAAAGUACGAACUCAUUCAAAUCCUGCUUUAAUAAUACCAUUUCAUUGUCAAAAUUCAUCAUCGAAACAUGAACAAUUGAUUAAUUAA